AUGUCGCUGAUCCCUUUUACCUCCCCUCCCACCCCUCGAAAUGGUCAAUUGCCAGUCGAAGUGGUUGAACUCAUUCUUCAAGAACUCAUGGCGCAAAACCGUGUCAUAGCUGCUGAUCCCACCAAUUGCGCCAAUACUUCGUCCUUGCAUCACGUCGAUGUUACCCGCCUUCUUCAAUUACGUUUAAUAGGCAAAUCCUGGGAUAAUGCAAUCCUGCCUAUCAUUUUUCGAGGAUUGCGCUUGACUCGCAACAAAAUGACCAGUAGUCUUGUCCGCAUCUGGACGGCCUCUUACCUAACUCCUGGUUUUCCGCAUUUGAACCGACUCUAUCUUGAUGGCCUUCGACAUCUGAUGCCAAAUUCUGAACUCAUCCUUAACAAAACUUCACAUAGUCCAACUUUGAAUCACACAUUUUCCAUUUUACCUCACAACGCUGCCUCAAUAAUUAAUUUAUGCCGAUCCACCAUCACGCACCUAAAACUACGCUUUGUCGACUGCGUCGGUUUUACCCCCGAAUUGUUGAAUCCUAUCAUAUCUAGUCCGAGCCUUCACACCCUCAACAUAUCGGGUUCCCGGUCCUCGGAAACAACUCACGAUUUCAACAGCACCAAAUCCUUAUUAGAGGCCAUUCCGGGGUUGCAAUCCUUAUCUUUGAAUUUUUCAUGUCGUUCAAUGAACAUAGCACACACUUCCCUCUCUAACCUGGAACACCUUUGGUUCUCAUGCGACCCCAAUAACUUACACACAGCCACCAAUAUCUGCUGUUCCGUAGCCAGAAGAAUUACAUGCCUUGAGUUAUUCCCACAGGCAAACCCUAAUCCGGCAGCCUCAAUUCCCCUGGGACUCAAAGAUACGCUCGAGGUCCUAUUCGUGGUUUCAAUCCCCGAUUGUGUCCCGCGCAUAACCCGUCGCACUUCUUUUUCAAAGCUUUGGGUUUUACGCAGUGAAUACUGCAAGACCAAUUCUUUAUAUCUCAAUGUUAAAUGGUUAAAAUGGCCUUUGUUGCAAUUGAUUGAAGUACUCGUAACCAGUUAUUGGCAUGGUAACGCGUAUUGGCGCAAUAUCCUGACUCACAUCGACAUUGCAACCAUCACCAUUCCAUCAAAAUUACAACACAUUGUGUUCACAACGCCUCAAGGCCCAGAACUUAGCGAUCCCGAACUCGUGGAAGCUUUCCAGAAGAUUGGACUCAAAUGCCACUUUGUAUUUCCAUUAACUCGUGGUGAAAUCAUGACACUUGCGGACUUAUUGCAAUCCGAGUGA